UGGUCGAGAGCUCUCGGCAUUUUCUCGAGCAUGCAACUCACGUGUCGCUUUUAUUUACUGAGUGUAGCGUGUUUACAUCGUGCUUCUGUACGCUGAAUGUCGUGAGGUUUUAGUUGGUGUGUAUAAAUCUGUGUCGUUAUAUUUUAAACUUAUGUCGGACUCACUUCUGAAUUUAUAAUGCGCUGUGUUCGUACGACGUAACGCGAUUGAUGUGACUUCAUACGAGAGAUUAGAGUCACUAUAUCAACAACACACACUAGAUCACUGUGACAGAUCACAUCACCGGUGGCAGAGUCGUGACGUCAUCACCAUCAUCGUGAUGAAGAGGAAAGCACAGGAGAGUGUGAUGAUGUCACGUGAGAAGAAGAGAGUCAGACUGGAGAACAUCUCACAGGAUGUGCUGACAGUGAGAGAUCUGUGCGGUCUGAUCCAGUACGCCACACUCAGACCCACUCACAACGUCAUGAAGCCCAGCUGGUUCUGCGUCAGCGGUGAUGAUGGAGUCUCUCGGGUUAAUGUCAUGAUUCUGGACGGACUCACACAGACUCACUUCUACAGAUACUUCAGUCACUUCAAACACCUCCGCAACAAAUACACUGCUAGAUGGAGUCUAGCGCCCUCCUCAAGUGACCUGAUGUCUGAUCUCCUCAACUCUGAUGUCGCACAAUCUGUAGGACACGUUAAGAUCUCAGCUCCGCUCAUGCUGAAUCCCGUCAUCCGUCGGUUCGGUCUGAGAGCUUCAGGGCUGAGCGCUUUUGUGCUGAACGAACAGGACAUGAUCAAACACAACUUCCCUGUGAAGGGUGGGCGGGGCUGCGAAGGUUUGGUGUGCACUCAGAGCGACGGGCCGGUGACUGACAGCAGCCCUCUGUUUGGACUGGACUGUGAAAUGUGUUGGACUUGCGCUGGUCUGGAGUUAACUCGGGUGGCUCUGGUGGACGGCACUGGACAGUGUGUACUCGAUGAACUAGUUAAACCGCACAACCCUAUAAUAGACUACAACACCAGGUUUUCUGGAAUCACGAGUUUGAUGCUCAACCCCGUAAACACUCGACUGACAGACGUUCAGUGUAAAAUCCUGCAGCUGUUGCCUCCUGAUGGCGUUCUGGUGGGUCACUCGCUGGAGAACGACCUGCGGGCCCUACACCUGAUACACCGUCACGUCAUCGACACGUCUCUGCUGUACCGUAAAGAGUUCGGUCAGAGGUUUAAACUCAAACACUUAGCUGAAGUGAUUCUCAAAAGAGAGAUUCAGUCAGAAGAGAGGACAGGUCAUGACCCCUGUGAGGACGCUUUGGCCGCUCUUCAUCUGGCUCAAUACUUCAUCAGUAAAGGACCCAGAGAGGUUGUGAAGGAUCAUCUGAAGGAUUUGUGGGAGGUGGAGUUCUCUGGUGACAGUGACUCAAACACUCGUCACAGCAGCAGCUCCCUCGCCUUCGGACACGCCCUCUACACAUCCGGCAAAUCCGCACUCUACCUGAGCACAAGAACAGAUGACACACACUCACUGACCAAUCAACGCUUGUGCAGAAGACAACACUGCACAACUAACAGAGAGGUGGUGUGUGUGUUCAGGCGUGUGGUUCAGUCUUACACACUGAGUGUUCUUCAGUUCUCAUACAGUGAAAAUCUACAACAAACAGCAGCACAAAGACAACAACAUCUACAGCAGAUGAGUGUGUGUUUGAGAGAGAUGUGUGUGUUGUACGUCGGGCCGUGGUCCAGUGAUACAACAGAGAAACAGAUACACAAACUCUUCAGACGCUGCGGUCGCGUGCGGACUGUACGAUUCCUGCACAACACACAUGGGGUUCACGCUGAGGUUGUGUUUGAUCAUCUUGAAGGAGCUCAGCUGGCUGUCAAUCAUCUGACGGAACAUCACAUCACUGACUGUCACAUCAAGGUGCGUCGUCCGGUACACGAGUCGUGUUUGGAUCUAGAUGAGCGCGUCUCUGAACGUCAGCGUGAUGUUCUGAACCGUCACACGAUCUAUGUGUGUAAUCUGUCCUCUAAACAUCAUCACCGUGACGACCUGCUGCAGACCUUCAAACAGUUCGGCACCGUUCAACACAUCUUCAGACCUGCAAAGCAUGCUGGGAAACGCCACUGCAGACACGCCUUCAUCACGUUUGAGUGCAGUGAGAGCGUUCAGGCAGCAGUGGGCGUCGCCCUGCAGAUGGGUAACAGGAAGUUAUCGGUGUGUCACGCUCUGACCCCGCCCCACAUGACCUCAUGGACACACACGCAGGCCGUGGUUACAGAAACCAGCGCGGAAACAGUGGAGCAGAGAGAGGGAUGUGAUUCGUCUCAUUUGAUUUCUCCUGGUCACGUUCAGCAGCUUCAGAUGGAGCAUCACAUACAGAAACUGGAUGGCAAAGUGGGAAAAGUGUUUGGAGCGCUGGAGAAGAACUGCAUGAGCAUCGUCAUCCUGCCAGGAAUCAUGAGCGCUUCUGUGGAUUAUCUUGGCUUGUGCUUCAUUCACAUCAAACGUGACGACACCAUCUAGUUUUCCGGUGGAGCCUCGUUCUGACUCCGCCCACUGGAAGGGUUCAGCUGUGAAAUGUUUUUACACUCUGAAAUGAAAGUCAUUCCUGCCGUUGUGUUCGUUCUCUGCUUUAGGAGUCUUCACACUCUUCAGUCAGUGUUUAUAAAGCCAGCAGUGAUUCGUGAGGAAACACUUUGUGAUUGGUAUAUGGAGCUGAACGUCAUUCACGUGUUUGAUCUAUAGUGGGCUGUCACAAUAUCACCACCACCAAAAGAAUUUGUGUUAAUAUUCCUGCAGUUAAAUGAUAGUCAGUCACAUUCAUCUUGAAUUUGUGUGUCUUGCUCUUUUUGUGGGUCACAGUGAUUGUGAUUCACCGACACAGACUCCAUUAACACAAUAUCAAUAAUCGCAGUUAUUUAUCUCGUAAUGUUAAUACGGGCAUAUUGUGACACUCCCAAUAGAAAUCAUUCAAUCGUCUAGAAACCCAUUUACAGAAGGCAUUUGAACAACAGUUUUAUUGUCCUUUCAUUUCCUCUACAGGGUAGACGUUCAAUUAACUUCGUUACAGAGCUCUGCCUGAAUAGAUUGUUUUUAAUCGAGGGGACAACUGGAUUUAUUAUUAAAAAUAUCAAACAUGAUGCCGUAUGUUCAUUUCUAAUGACUAAAUGAUUGUCAUUUAAUGGCUUCUAUAAAAUGUAUGGGAUUUGUAUCAUCACAGAAAGUAAACAUUAAAAUGGAGGCCAUUUCUAGA